AUGAAUUGGACUAGAGGAAAAACCAUUGGUCGUGGCUCAUCAGCCACCGUUUACGCCGCCACGUGUCACGAAUCCGGCGAAACAAUCGCCGUGAAAUCAGCCGAGUUUCACCGGUCGGAGUUCUUGCAAAGAGAAGCCAAGAUCCUCUCUUCACUAAAUUCUCCUUACGUUAUCGGAUACAGAGGAUGCGAAACUACGAAAGAGCCCUUUAACAACGGAGAAGCCACUACUUAUUACAAUCUUCUCAUGGAGUACGCACCGUACGGUACGUUGACCGACGUCGCCGCCAAGAACGGAGGUUUACUCGACGAGGCACGUGUCGUGAGCUACACGCGCCAGAUACUUCUUGGAUUAGAGUAUAUUCAUAAUUCCAAAGGAAUCGUGCAUUGCGACAUUAAAGGAAGCAACGUGCUCGUCGGAGAGAACGGAGAGGCCAAGAUCGCCGAUUUCGGCUGCGCGAAAGUGGUUAAACCGGAAAUAACCGAACUGGUUAGAGGAACUCCGGCGUUUAUGGCUCCGGAGGUGGCGCGUGGAGAGAGACAAGGGAAAGAGAGUGAUAUUUGGGCGGUUGGUUGUACGGUGAUCGAGAUGGUUACCGGUUCUCCACCGUGGAUUGGAGCGGAUUCGACCGACCCGGUUUCGGUUCUAUACCGGGUCGGUUAUUUGGGUGAGUCACCUGAGCUGCCUUCCUCGCUUACGGAACAAGCAAAGGAUUUUUUGGGAAAGUGUUUGAGAAAAGAAGCCAAGGAGAGAUGGACAGCGACUCAGUUACUAAACCAUCCGUUCUUGAUAACAAAGCCGAACACCGAACCGGAAUUGGGAACCGGUUUGGUAACGAACUCACCGACAAGUGUGACGGAUCAAAUGUUCUGGAGAUCAGUGGAACAGGAGGAGGACCAGGAGCAUCCAAGCUGGUGGGAAUGUCACGAGGACGAGAGGAUUAGAGUGCUAAGCUGGAUGGGUCCCACAUGGGAUAUGGACGGUGAGGAUUGGAUCAUGGUGCGACGGAAUAAUGAUUAG